UCAGUGAGUGGUGGCCAGUAGUCAAAGAUGCACGCUAGGAUGUUCAAUUGAUAAAAACUGGUGGUUUUAUCAUUGCAAGCAACGUUAUUCUACAGAAUGUCAAACAUGUCUGUUGUGUGACUGGCGCUUGUUACCUCAUGAUGCAUCUAAUCGUGAUAGACCGACAAAAUGAAAGGAUACACUGGUCCUUUAGCCAGUGGCAUUGACUCACAUACUGAAGCCCUACUUUGACUACAAUGUCAAGCUGCCAACGCAUCAACAACAACAACUGCAACAGCAGCAUCACAGAACUGGUUGGGGCCCUGUGUGACAGCAGCUUGACAGGAGUGUCAUGGAAACGACGUGCCCUUGGCAGCAUUUCGCGGGAAGGAGUGCAGCGUGCUCUCCGCAGGCGGGCUUAUGGCGCUCUGCUGUCCAAACUUUUCCAGGACAGCUCGCCCAAGCCACCCAGCCCUCUGGCCUCCACUCCUCCGAGGAACAAAAUGCUCAUGAUUUCCUUCGACCUACGGGUGUGUGGGUGCCCGGAGGAGGCAGAGCGGUUGGAGGAGCUGCUGGGGAUGCUAAAGAAUGGGCCAGCGUCUGGGCUGGCUGAGCUGGACUCCGUGCUGGAGCUCCUGUUUCAGCUGGCUGGCUCUGUGCCCCCUCCACCCACCUCCUUCAGCAAGGACUACAUGCGGCGGGACAGGCCAGUGCUGCGCAGGAUUCCACUGGGCGGCUACCAGAGUGAAGAGCUCCAGAGACUGGAGGCCAGGGCCUGGGCACUGGUCUGUGGUGAGGAGUGGGGCAAUCUAGGGGGUCUCUGCGGCUCGUUGGGACUGAUGGACGCCCUACCAGGGACAGGACUUCUGGCCUUAAGGCAGAGCACCGAGGUGGAGGAGCGCUUUGAGAGGGACACCAGACUGUCGCUUUUCGGAGCCCUGCAGCACUCCCGCACAACAGACUUGGACGUCAAGCUGGACCUGCCUCCUGUGCCCAGCAACGCCGAUCUGACCGGUUUGGCUAUCAGGGUUCCUCCAUACUUGGACCAAUCUGAGGAUGAGGGUUUCCAGUCGGCUUCCAACCUUACUCCAGACUCGCAGUCGGAGCCCAGUCUCAGCCCCGAGGUAGACAUGUGGGAGGCCUUGCGCACCUUUGAGCCUGGGAAACGCCGCUGCUGGGAGUCUAUAGGCUGUCCGCCUGGUCAGAAGGUGGCUCCAUACCUGACAGAGGCAGGCAGGGUGGCCUUCGACCAGCUCUACCGGCUGUGGGAGGGGGAGAUCAGACUGGUGAGCUGCACUCAGACCCCCUCCCCUCUGCCGCCUCUGCCCCUGGACUCUCAGACCCAGCUGGUGAAGGACCUCCUUAACGUGCUGAUCGGAGUGGCCUCCACCACGUUCCCCCUCAAUCAGGACUGUGUACAGUUUGAUGUGCGCUUUGGCGUGUGUUUGUCGGGGGCCUCUCCUGAGAGCAUGUCCCGGCUGCUCAGCGGGCUCGCACUGUACGGCACACACUACCUAAGGCUCAGCCGCUUCUCCCUGCAGAGUGCCCACAAACGAGGCCUGGUCUUCCAGGCCUUCGCUGGUGGUCUGAGGCGAUACCUGCACUACUACAGAGCCUGUGUCCUGAGCACACCGCUGACAUUCAGCCUUCUCACCAUCAGCUUCCUGUUCCGCAAGCUCGGCAGCCAACUAAGGUACCUGUCAGAGCUGUGCUGUGUGGAUGCAGAGUCCAGUGGGGGCCAGGCAACCUUCCCCGCGGGAGUGAAGCUGCUCUCCUACCUGUACAAUGAGGCGCAGAGCAACAGCAGCAAUGAGAACUACCCUGUGCUGCUGUCUCUGCUGAAGAGCAGCUGUGAGCCCUACACACGGUUUGUGUCAGACUGGGUGUACAGCGGCGUGUUCAGAGACGUCUACGGAGAGUUCAUGAUCCAGGUGAACGAGGACUGCCUCAGCUUCCGAGACAAGCAUUUCUGGACUCAAGGAUACACUCUCAUUUCGAACAACGUGGAGGACUGCGUUCCAGUCUUCCUGAGGCACAUCGCCAGUGACGUGUACGUUUGUGGGAAGACCAUCAACCUGCUGAAGAUCUGCUGUCCUCAGCACUACAUCUGUGGGUCGGACGUGCCCGUGCCGCGCAUCGCCGUCACCUUCUCGCUGCAGGAGGUCGAGGAGGUCGAGCGCGACUGCGCUAUCUACCGCGGCCGCAUGGAGCGUAUCGCCAAGCACAGCGCCAUCAGCAGAGAGGAGCAGGCCCUACGCACGGAGCAAGCACGGCAGGAGCUCAUCAAUCAGGUCAGGGAGUCGGCGGCCAAGACGCUGGAAAGCAUCCGAGGCCUGCAAGUGUCACAGCGCCUGCUGGAGGAAGCCAAGAAGCGGGAGCGUUUUGACGAGAUGAAGCAGCAGCUGGAGCUGGAACAGGAGUGGCGGAGCACGGCCAAGGCGAAGGAGCAGCAGGACGACUUCGGUUUCGCCCGUGAGCUGAGGGACCGCGAGAAGAGGCUGCAGGCCCUGGAGGAGCAGCUGGAAGAGAGGGCCAGGAAGGAGCUGAUUGCCCAGUACAGCCGACUUUCGGAGGAGGCGGCCAAGCGCGAGAGGAAGGCCAUGUGGAGGGUUCAGAGGAUGAGGCUGGACGGGCAGAGGGACAGCUUCCUCCAGCAGGACCAGCAGCACAUCCAGGCCCUCUUAGAGAAAUGUCCUCUUGGGCAGCCAGGGCCGAGCCUGGAAGUGUUUUCCCGUCCGGGGCCAGCUCUGCGAACAGCUCAGGAGUCCCCGGGCGCUGAGCCACAGGCGGAGCAGAUCGGAGCCGGUGGGGUGUCGCUCACCCGUCCUCCUCCUCCCCCCGUCUCCAUCUCCAUCUCAGUCCCUGCCACCUUGGCGUCCGUCACCACUGCAGACAUCAGCGACGGCAGCCAGCGGGUGGACCGGGCACUGCAGGACAUCGGCUCGGAUCUCCCAGCAGACCCUGCUUCCGCUCCCCACCCUCCUCCUCCUCCUCCUCCUUCUUCCUCUAGUCUUCCUCUAGCCGACUAUGACUUCAACGCACCCUUUGUCCCGCUGGAGGACGGCGUCCACAUCCGCCCCCGCUGGGACACCCACCCGUCCCUCUCCCACGUCCAUCUGAAGGAAGACGGCACAGCUGAGGGACAGGAAGGAGAAGAGGGCAGGGAGGGGAACGUUCCAGCCUCUAAGCAGACAGAUGCAGAACUACCAGAAUCGGCUCAGGAGCCCAACACCGUAACAGGGGACAUUAGACAAGAUAAGCAGUCUGAGUGUCCUUUGUCUCGGGGUGGUGACAAUACCUCUGAGCUCUCUGCGGGUCCAAUUCACGGACAUCCCUCAGACGCUCACAUUAAGGUGGGUGAAAACAUUUCAGAUGUGGUGGACGCUGUCUCAUUCCCCAGUGGUCAUGGUCACACCUCCGAUGCCCAUAUAAGGGUAGGAGAAAAUGUUUCAGAGGUCCAGAGUUCUCUCCCUACGGCUAACAUUCAUGGCCACGCCUCCGAUGCCCAUAUAAGGGUAGGAGAAAAUGUUUCAGAAGUCCAGAGUUCUCUCCCUACGGCUAACAUUCAUGGCCACGCCUCCGAUGCCCAUAUAAGGGUAGGAGAAAAUGUUUCAGAAGUCCAGAGUUCUCUCCCUACGGCUAACAUUCAUGGCCACGCCUCCGAUGCCCAUAUAAGGGUUGGGGAGAACGUGUCAGAGGUGAUUGAUGCCCUCCCUUCCCAAAGUGUGCAUGGCCACACCUCUGACGCUCACAUUAAAGUUGGGGGAAAUGUUUCAGAGGUUGAGGCUCCACUUCCUACAUCAGACAUUCACGGACACGCCUCUGACGCCCAUAUAAGGGUAGGAGAGAUCGUUUCCAAGGUGAUUACCGUCCUCCCAUCUGCCAGUGUUCACGGCCAUGCAUCUGACGCUCACAUCACGGUGGGCAAGAACGUGUCCGAGGUGGACGCCCCGCUUGCCUCCCAGAAUGUCCACGGGCACUCCUCCGACGCCAACAUGCAGGUGGGCGGCUUCGUGUCAGACGUGACCUCCUCAGAACCCCGCUGGAGCGAACAUGGCCACGCCUCCGACGCCACGCUGGGCAUCGGCUGUGUGGUGGGAGGUACUGAGGUCAUCCAUUCCCUGCCCAGUACCCAUGGCCACUCCUCUGACUGUACCCUUGUGGUCGGCUGUGUGGUGGCUGGAGUAGAGCCCCUGCCAUCCCCGCUGCCGGGCUGUGCCCACGGCCACUCGUCCGACUCCACCCUCGGCGGGGGCUGCAUAGUGUCGGGCAUUGAGCCUCAGCUGGCCCCCCUGCCUGGCAGUGCCUACGGCCACUCGUCCGACUCCACCCUGGGAGGGGGCUGCCAGGUGUCAGGCAUUGAGCCUCAAAUGGGCCCCCUGCCUGGCAGUGCCCACGGCCACUCGUCCGACUCCACCCUGGGCGGGGGCUGCAUGGUGUCGGGCAUUCAGCCUAAGCUGCCCCCCCUGCCAGGCAGUGCCUACGGCCACUCGUCCGACUCCACCCUGGGAGGGGGCUGCAUGGUGUCGGGCAUUGAGCCUCAAAUGGGCCCCCUGCCUGGCAGUGCCUACGGCCACUCGUCCGACUCCACCCUGGGUGGGGGCUGCAUGGUGUCUGGAGUAGAGCCCCUGCCAUCCCCGCUGCCGGGCAGUGCCCACGGCCACUCGUCCGACUCCACCCUCGGCGGGGGCUGCAUGGUGUCAGGCAGUGAGCCUCAUCUGGUCCCCCUGCCUGGCAGUGCCUACGGCCACUCGUCCGACUCCACUCUGGGUGUGGGGUGUGUGGUGAAGGGCCCCAAACCUGGCAGUGCGCUACAGAAGGGUGAUGGGGACGCCCCAUCUACUGACCUGCAGAACAACCAAGACUCUGGAUAUGGCCUCAUAGGUCUGCCUGCUUUCCUGGAUGAAGGGCUGACCGCCUGGGCUCAGGGGCUGGGCCUCUCCCCUGGUGAAAGCCCUGAAGACGACUACCUCCUCUCCCUGGCCUCCCAGUAUGAGGUGGAGCAGUACCAGGACACCUACAACAUCAUGACAUCGGUCUCUGACGCCCAGCCCUUGCAGCAGGUGAUGCGGGGCCCCUACGGCCUCCGCAUGGACCCCUCCCUGCACAGGGCCACGGACACCACGGCCGUGCGUCUCAGUCAGAUGGUGUCCCUUCCUGUACUGAUGAAACACUCUGUUACUACGCCCCUCAUCACUCACGUGUCUCUGGUCAACAAGGCGGUGGUAGAUUACUUCUUUGUGGAGCUGGGCGUGGAGCGGCACUUCGAGGCCCUGCGGCACUUCCUCUUGAUGGAGGACGGAGAGUUCGCACAGUCCCUCAGCGACCUGCUCUUUGAGAAGCUGGGCAGUGGGCAGACCCCUGGAGAGCUUCUGACUCCUCUGGUCCUCAACUCCAUCCUCAACAAGGCGCUGCAGUACAGCCUGCAUGGAGACAGCGCCCUGGCAGCCAACUUCACGUUCGCGUUGCGGUACCUUCCGGAAACCUUCCACCCACACGCCCCCGACUCCCUCAACUGCCUGGAGCUACGCUACAAGGUUGAUUGGCCCUUGAACAUCAUCAUCACCGACAGCUGCAUGAACAAGUACAAUCGCCUCUUCUCAUUCCUGCUGCAGCUCAAGCACAUGGUGUGGACCCUGCGGGACGUCUGGUUCCAGCUCAAGAGGACCGCGCGGGUGAAAGGCGUGGGCGGUUCGGUGCAGUUCCAUCAGCUGCAGCUCUACAGGCAUGAGAUGCAGCACUUUGUCAAGGUCAUUCAGGGCUACUUGGCCAACCAGAUCCUGCAGGUGUCCUGGAGCGAGUUCACCACCAAGCUGGGCAGCGUCAGCGACCUGGACGCCAUCCACCGCACCCACGCUGACUACCUCAACAGAGCCAUUUUCAGGGGGCUGCUGACGGAGAAGGCUGCUCCAGUCAUGAACAUCAUCCACAGCAUCUUCAGCCUGAUCCUGAAGUUCCGUGCCCAGCUCAUCUCCCAGCCCUGGGACUGCCAGCAGGGGGAGGCAGUGCACCCCAGCUUCAUUGCUAUGCAGCAGUCCUACAACACCUUCAAGUACUACUCCCACUUCCUCUUCACAGUUGUCUCCAAAUUGGUCAACAAAGGGUACCAGCCACACCUGGAGGACUUCCUUCUGCGCAUCAACUUCAAUGACUACUACAAGGACUCCUGAGCAACAUGGCCAAGCCUGUGUGUGUGGCAUGAGGUGCAUGUUGGCGAAAAUGAAUGUACACUUAUACGGUGAGCCUCUGUUGUCCAUCUAGUGCCAUAGGAUUCAGCCUGUGUAGAUGUUCACGUCACAUGCCUUUGUGUGCUUAUGUAUGUCCGCCCUAAAGAGACAAAACAAGCAGGCAUUGAUCUAGACACCUUGUGGAACUGGUGCUGUUGUAGGGCUACUGCACUUUGCCAAAAAUACAUGCAUAUUGGCGUCCAUACCUGCCUUUGAGGUUUUGCAUAGUGGGAGCAUUGGCAUAUGUAAGCAGUGGAUAUAUCUGUCCUCACAUGCUCAAUGUAUUGUGGUCAAGGCGAGCAUUUGUCAGGUAUAAACGUUGUGGCUAGUUAUUGGAACAGAAACCCUAAGUGUCCACCUCUAGUAUAUCUUGAGGUAGAAAAUAAUGAUUUCCACCAUGUGAAGCUUUUAAAGCACACUUCCUCGUCUGUUAUCUCUUCAAGUACAGAGGCCAAAUGACCCCACCCCUCAGGUGUGCCUAACCUUAAGCCCAGUGUGAAAUGCACAUUUUGUGAAUUGUGUAAUAAAAACCUAUUUCUAUUAA